UCAGUAUCUUUCACACCACGUAUGCAGGGCUAGGACCCCCGCGCCCUAAAUUAAAUACUCCACUCAAGCACACAUUAAAGUGGCAGUGCCUUAUGUAGUGAAGUUGCCCUUUAUUUAUUGAAUGAAGGGAGAAGUAAAAUGCGGUCGAUUGCAGUUGUUCGUCUUACACGCGUGCAAGCUAAUUGAAGACUGGGAGUCAUGGGGAGGAAAUCUUCACAUAUUUUGAACGUUCUGCAACCAUGUAAAACGUACCAUAACGCAUCCAUUAAAAUGCCCAGGAUGUUAAAAUCUUGCAUUUCUUUUAACAUCAAAGACGUCCGUUUCGUGAUAUUUUUGACUCAAGUUUGCUGCUUGCAAAGAGUCAGCUGUGAUCUUCAAGCAUUAUCGGUCAUUGGCAAGCCAGCAUCGCAAAGCAUGGGGUAUUACCCGGCAGGAAAUGCAGUCGACAACGACAUAAAUACGUUCUCACAUGGAGCUGAUGGAGGCGACCCACAUCCUUGGUGGAGAGUUGACCUGCUGAAUGAACACUGCUUGGGUGAGAUCACAGUCACUACCCGACAAGGCUGCUGUGGUAAGAAAACUAAAUAA